AUGACUGGGAAAAGGAACAAACAAGAGGUGACGAAUAUUCAAGAUGAUCAGAAUAUAGCGAAUAAUAAUGCAUCUGCCGCAAAUGCUGGGAUAAACGCUAAUCAAGGACCCCCUGUUGAAAAUAGACAAGAUUCAAUAUCAAUGUAUACUAAUUUCAAUCAACCUAGAUAUUCCACAGAUGCUUCAAUUUCAACUUUUUUGAAUAUCUCAGAUGGUCAAUCAAAUGUUCAAUCUGGCGUUCCUUCGAAUUUCAAUCAGGGUCGUCCAUCUAUACCAGGCUCUAGCGACAUAUCAUCAAUAGGAAGGGGUUAUUCUAUAGUGAAUAGCUUCUGGCCUCAGCAACAACAACAACAGCAGCAGCAGCAACAACAACAGCAGCCACAGCAAGCACAACAACAGCAGCCAUCACAACAACAGUCUCAACAACAGCAGCCACAACAGCAACAACCUUUGCCUUCCUUGACAAAUCAAAGAAAUAAUAGCCAAACACAAGAAUAUAAUAUACCUGGUAAUCAAUUUAACAAUGCUAUUAGAAGGCAAAGCGAGACCUUGGAACCUUUUAUGCCACCAAGAUUUAAAACUCCAUCUUUUUCAGCUGCAUCAAAUCCAGGUGAUGGGAAACAAGCUGGGGGAAACGCAGCUACUGCCGGUGGCAACAUAAAUACUGGAGCUGGUAGAUCAGGUGCUCCAACCAAUACCAACGCUGGUGGGAAUAAAUACAACAAGAACGCGAAAAGAUACUCUAUAUAUAAUUAUGGAGCCAAUGAUGGUACAGAUAUGGAAUUUUUUAAUGCUCAGAAGAAAGAUAGUAUAAAUUCGACAAUGAAACCACCAAUGAUAGUACCUUUAGGAAGUGCAUCGAUUGCAGGAUCAGGAAAUGUAACUCAACAAGGUGUAAGUUCUGGAACUGGUGGCAAAUUGAACGAAUUUGAUACUCUAUUCAAUUCACAACAAUCAAGAAAUAAUUCAAUGAAGUUUACCUCUGAUGAUUUCGAUUUCCAAUUCAAGAGAAGAGAUUCUAAUUUGAGGGGAAAUGGAGAUGGGAAAUUACAACAACAAUUGCAACAUCAAAACCAACCCGCAUUACAACAACAUAUGGCCAACCAGAUUGCUAUGCAGCAACAAAUGCAAGAUGCUAGCAAUUUAGGUGGUGAGAAAAGUACAAAAUCAAAGAAGCGCAAGAAAUCAUCUUCGAAGGAUAAAACGCCAUUAAUGCAAAAUCAACAAAUUCCUGGGGCAGAUAAGGCAAGUGCACCUGAAACUUUAGCGAAGUUUCCAAACGCAGGUAUGGAUAUCACCUCUGUGAAUGAACCACUUGAUAACACAAGACCAUUGUUAGGUGUAACUAAAGUUGAUCAAUUAAUGUUAAUUAUUGAAGCAAGAAAGAAAGGUGUUACAGAAAAAGUCAGUACUACUGCAGCUGGUGAUCUAUUACUUGAUCAAACAUCAAAUAUUUUGCCGCCUUCAAAUCAAUUAGUGGGUGGUGUCGAGAAGCCGAAAUCUGCACACGGAAUCAAACAACAUGAGUGUCCAUAUUGUCACCGUUUUUUCACACAAUCUACUCAUUUAGAAGUUCAUGUUAGAUCACAUAUUGGUUACAAGCCUUUCCAAUGUGAGUACUGUGGUAAGAGAUUCACACAAGGUGGUAAUUUGAGAACACAUCAAAGAUUACACACUGGAGAAAGACCUUACAGUUGUGAAUUAUGUGGCAAAAAAUUCUCUAGAAAGGGUAAUUUAGCUGCACAUUUCCUCACUCAUCAAAAAUUAAAGCCUUACGUCUGUAAACUUGAUGAAUGUAAUAAGUCAUUUACUCAAUUGGGUAAUAUGAAAGCUCAUCAAAAUAGAUUUCAUCUGAAUACUCUAAUGGAACUUACAGCAAAAUUAGCUUCGAUGGAACCUAAUAGUCAGAUUCCAGAUGGUGAAAGAGAAUUACUGGAAUAUUUUUCUUCAAUUUAUAAGAAUUCAAACAAAGGUAUUAAAGGUAGAGGGAAAAACACUUCGAAUACGAUGCAUGUCCCUUUAACUGAUGCAGCAGCUCAACAUGGAAACACUCAUAUGGGUGGUGCAAUGACUAACCCAACAUCCCUUGCAGAGGGAGCCACAAUGGUUGAUCCAAAUAAGGAUACUAUGAAAUUACCAUCGCCAACUCACCAUUUACAAAAUGACAAAGUCUCUGGUGUCAAUUAUGAAUUUUCUUCUAUCCAACCACACCAGCAAGGGCAUCAUGUAAUUCCUCAAUCAAAUGAAUUUGAAUUUUCAUUAGAAGGUCACUCUAAGCUUGAUGAUUCAGAUGCCUCUAAAUCUCAAAAUAUUCACACACAAAUUCCUCAACAGCAUAGGUAUCAAGAGCAAGUUCAUUUUAAUGAUAUUAAUUUUAAAGGUUAA